UUUGUUGUGGAAACUCUGCAAAAAGAGAUUCUCGUGGAUCCAGAUCUCCAUCCUCUGCUGCCAUCCAUUUUCCACCAAUAUUUAGCUCUAUCUUGUUAUGCCGUCAAUAUUAUUCCGCCACAUUUACCGAUAUUUAAUAAAACACCGAUCACUUCACAAUUGAUUUCUGCUGAAAUAUCGGCUCUUAAUUCUAAUACUUACACCUCUUUGGGUGAGAGGGCUCUCAAGAAUGCUCUGUCGCUCUAUCAGAAGACAGCCAACGAAAAGAUUGUCAUUAAGUCUAAUAUUCUUCACUCCAUUAUUAAGACAUUGAAAAUAUCAUUGUGUUUGAAAUAUUCGUGUCCAUCACAAACCACUUGGAAGCUGGGCGUCAAUACGCUGUUGACUGCACUGCAAAUCGGACUUCCGAUCGCACGAAUCAAUUCGUCCGACUUUAUAGGGAUUUGGGCUGAUCUUGCGCUAUGUUUCGAUGGCUUCCUGUUCCCGGUCUCAAAGCCGGCGUCCACUCAGACCCUAGAAGAGCAACAAUUUGAUGAAUCACUUGAUACCCUAGAAGAGCAACAAUUUGAUGAAUCACUUGAUGUUAAAAUUGUUGAACUAAUUCGCGACUCAAUUAUGCCAUUUGCCGCUCAGAUUCCGCAGGAGUUUGUUCUGCAAAUUGUGUCGCUUCUCAAUAAGGGAUCAAUACAUUCGGCGACCAAUAGUUCACCCGUCGAUACAGAAACGACGCGAAAACUACGCGAAGACUUCGCGCGAACAUGUUUUGAGACAUUACUUCAGUUCUCGUUUUUGUCCCCAAAGGGAAAUCCGGGUCUUUUCAUACAGUCGUCGGGCAAUGAUUUAAUUCCCGACCACAGCAUCGGAAUCGUCAACAAAUUAGCGGUCACUUCAAUCCUUCAGCGAUUUAAUGAAGUGGUCAUCAAAUAUGUUGAGGACGAGAGACUAUGUCCCUGUCCUCUACCCCGGCAUCGAAUGGGAGAAAUCUCUUUCGUAUUGAAAGCAUUGGCGACACUCAUAAUCUCUCUUAAGAAGGCACCGGUCGGUAGUGUGGAGCCGCAUGUGUGGGAUCUACUAAUCCGUCUGUACCCGCAUAUAGUCGACUGUACGACCUCUAACUCAGUUCAGGUGAAUCGAUCACUUCGG